GGAAACAUCUCGAUCCUGCGAUGAGCUCGUGCCUCCGAUUCACAGAUCCCGACGAGAACCCUAGCCCUAGCGGCGGCAGAUGGGAGAAGCGAGCGGUCGAUCUGGGCGACGGCAGUGAGGUCGUCUACGUUCCCCGGCUUAUUCCUCGCGACCAGGCCUGGGAAUGGUUCCGGUAUCUCAAUCGCGAAAUUCCGUGGACGAGACCUUCGAUCCGGGUCUUCGGAAGAUCUUGCGUCCAGCCUAGAGAGACUUGUUAUAUUGCAGAGAAGGGGCUCGCACCGAUGAGAUACAGUGGAUACCAGCCAAACUCAUAUUCUUGGGAAGAAUACCCUGUUGUCAAAGACAUCUUGAUGACAGUUUGUGAAGCAUUCCCUGGGUCCAAAUUCAACACUGUGCUUCUGAACAGAUACAAGAAUGGCUCAGACUAUGUUGCAUGGCACUCGGACGAAGAUAAAUUGUAUGGCUCAGCCCCAGAAAUAGCUUCAGUUUCAUUUGGUUGCGAGCGGGAAUUUCUGUUGCGAAAGAAACCUACGAAAAGCCAAGCUGCUAAAGGCGCACGUCAUUCGGAUAGGAAACAACUCGAACACAAACAGCAGUCUUUUGUUCUAAAACAUGGAUCUUUGCUGCUGAUGAAAGGCUACACACAGCGCGACUGGGUUCAUUCAGUGCCCAAACGCCUGAAAGCAGAUUCCAUUAGAAUCAACCUCACAUUCAGGCACAUUGUGGCGUAAGCAAUGUUUUGGAAAUUAGCAGAUGGUCUAGUUCAUCAUUCCCCUUGUCAAGCUGAUAUUUAGGAUAAAUUUUAUUCGACCCACCCCGAUCGCUACUUGUUUACAGCAACCAUUUGUUCUGAAAGUGUAUCUUUGUGGCAGAUGAAAGGCUACGUGUACAUGGUUUCGUAUUCAGCUGAAUUUUUUCCAGUAUAUAUUAAUAGAUCUAACUGCGUCCCAGUUCUUGGUUUUC